AGACUGCUGACUAACGUCAUAAUCACUGAUAACACUGUUUCCGAAACGUCUUGUCAUUUUCAAAGAUGUCUUCUCAUAACUUACAUUCCCACGUUUUAACCUUACUUACUGAUCAUUAUUCCUAUAUACUAGGAGUAAGGCUAACUUAUUCGACCGCCGUUGGAUUAAAUCACCAACCGCCACGUGUCUCUCGGGUUUUACCCAAAAGAUUUAAAAAGGUUUCCGUCAAACCUUUAAAUACUUGACCUUGUGCCUUUAUACCGCCUUCCAUUCAUCUUCUACACCGAGAAAACUGAAGAUGCCAUACAUGGCUUCAUCUUCAAAUGUUCUUCAACCCGCUGUAAAGCUCCAAUCAACAACACGUUCUGGGGAACGAGAGUUCGUUCCAAACCCUAAUACUGAAGAAAUACGCGCAAUCUACGCUUCCCAGGUAAUCAUACCUUUUGAUCUUUCUGGAAAAACUCUUGCCUUUAUGGGUCCGUUACCGAGUGAAAAUAUCCAAUCUGUGAAUAAAUUUUUCCCUGCUUACUAUAAAACUAGACCAAUAGUUAGCAAAGUUAAGAUAGAUGAAGACGGUCGUUCUCCUUUAGGCAAAUCUACUAAUGUAGAGGAAACUUCAACUGCAACCCCUUUAGCUUUAGCCAAAAUUAGGUUAAACUAUAUGACCAAUUCUGUAAAAGUGUUUAGGUCAUUCCCUUUAGCCAAAGAUCCUGAUUUGUACUAUGCCUGGUUAGAAAAAGUAGAAAAACAGAAAGGAUCCUUCUGGAAAUCGUUAGGGAUAUACGAUUUGAUCCAACUGUCAAAAACAGGUUUAGAAUACAACCAACCCAUGUUGGUAGCAGCGGUUCAUUUCUGGGAUGCUUCUCACAAUACCUUCCAUCUCCCAUGUGGCAUGGUUACCCCCACACUUUUCGAUGUGGCUGCUAUUACGGGACUUCGACCAACAGGUGAAACCUUCGAUCCUAAUGACAUGGAUAAUGACACUAUAGGUUUUAAUGAUUCGCAAGUUACUUACACGGCAUUCAUCCAGAAGCACCAUAUCACCGCUGAAACGACAGUAUCUGACGAAGAACAUAUUGCUUUUCUGGCAUUAUGGCUUUCACGGUGCGCCUUCUGCUCAAGAUCUAUCCAGGUUGCAAAGAGGUACCUUUGCAUGGCUAAUCAAUUGCAUGCUGGGAAAAAACUCAACCUCAGCCAACUACUUCUAGGGUUUCUUUACGAAAACCUUAGUGAAGCUGCAAAUCUUACUAAAAAUUUCAAAUCUGGCAGUUUACUUUAUGCUGGUCCUUUCUGGUUAUUGCAACUGUGGCUUAACGCUACAUUCGAAACUCAUCUUCCCUUUCGAGGAGAUGUCAAUGAGGAGGACAGCACAAUCAAAAAUCGAACUAUAGAGGGGACCAGGUUAGCUUACCUAACUCCAAAAGAAGAAAUGGGAAAGCUUCAUGAACAUUUCCUGGCGUAUUCAAUGAUGUUUGCUCGGCGUGACCAGUUCGAUCCUUCUAUGGCCCCAUUUGUACACAGAAUAAUAGGCCCUGAAUGGUUCACUCGAAAAUUUCCACCAACAUCUCAAGAUCAACAAAUCGAAUCUAUGGAAAUUUGGGAAGCCUUUCUGACUCCAAGAUUAUUUUCCCAUCGUCUUCGACCAUCAAAGGGUCAAUGUAUCCUCAUGUGUUAUCAACCAAAUUUGGUCUCGAGACAGUUUGGGCUAGCUCAGAUAACACCCAAGUGCUUAUAUGAGAAAAGAAACCAUAUGUGUUUCCACACUUUGUAUUUGACUGAAGAAGAAUGCGAACGAAAAAUCAACAAAUACAUUGGCGUCACCAACCUUUCUCCUAUUUCUUUCGAACCUUCUUUCUACUCUACACCAGAUUUCCAUCAAUGGUGGACAGAGUAUUAUAGCUCUCAAAUUUUUGAUGCUGAUAGCCUUGCUCAAGAACUAACCGCAGCUUUCACUGAUGUGCAGGAGAACUUCAAAAAAGGUACUUCAACUCAUAUUAAAGAAAUCCAAGCUUUUCAAAAAUUCUUUGAAACUAUCUAUAGGCCUGAUUAUCUUAGUCGGACCGUUCGUGAGGCUGCAGUCACUUUGCGCGAAAAGUUUUCCACCAAACUAAAUAAAUUGAAAUUGCCCUCGUAUGUUCGACCAGAACUACGUUAUGAAGUGGCUUUCAAACUUCAUCCUCCAAAAUUCCCUCCACUACCAAGUGCUGAUUUUGGUGUGGCUCUAAGUCCUCCUUUCCCAGACUGGUUUGUGUGUGGGAAUGUUCUCAAAAUUCUUCGAGAGAGUACUAAAAAACGCGCUGAGCGAGUGGUUCCGACUAAGCAUACCUUGGAUACUUUCAAAGGACAUCUUCAUAUAGAUCUUAAACAUGUCCGUGUCCUGACUCCAAUACCUGAAGGUUUGGAUUAAGAUAAUCUUUUUCGACUGACUUCUCUUUUCUUUACUGAUAUACUAAUUUCAGUCUCAACUACAGCUGUUGCACGAAGGAGGAAGAUUAAAGAAGCUUCUGCCCCAAAAGAGUCUGAGACAUCUAAAAGCGACAAACCAAACGAGAGUGACUCGAUCGUCACUGAUAAGAAACCCACGAGCUCGAAACCCCCAACGGGUUCGAAGCGUAAAGCUUCUUCGACAACUGGUUCAGAUGGCGAAGAUAAAUCUCCUCCUCAAACUAGACAAGGACAGAAAAAGAAACACAAAGCUGUUACCCCUUCAAGAAAAGGGAAAAAGGCAAGUCCUUCAACAGCUGCUUCUCCUGGUAAUAAGGCGUCUUCUGAAGAGUCUCCUUUGAAGACUGCCAGCAAUGCUCUUGUUUUGGAAAGUCAUAACUCAAGUCCAGACAACAAUCCACCCAAGGAUGAUGCUGGCACUGCUACUUCUGGUUUCAAAGACCAUGGCCUCACCAUUGAUGUUGAUAAACUUUAUGGUAAUUGUUAAAUUUCAACUUUCGUCAAUUAAAACUUUCGAAGGCUUAACCUCACGACUAACUUGGCUUCGUUCAAAACAGAUACUUCUCAAGCUAGAACCCAUGUUCUCUCACCAGUCUUCGAAGAUGUUAGGCCAAUUGCCACUAUAUUGCCUAAUGAGCCAAUCGAAGAAAGCCAAUCUACUGAGGAAUCUCCACCUACUCAUCAAGGCAAAGAUUUGGAAGAGGAUCAUCCGUUCUCCAGCAGCGACAAUGUGAACAAGCAAUCACAUGGCAACGAAGAUUCUGCAUCGGAGAAAGAUGCUAUGGAGGAGAUUUCUCAACCAGAAAAACCAAUCUCUCAAGGAACUUCAACUCCCGAUGUAAAAACUAUUCCUGAGACAACUUCGACGCCUGCCCCUACGAAGCCUACUCCUUCGGAGCUUGAACAACUUAAACAGACUGAUCCUCUUAGGUUCCUAAAGGCUAUCAUGAAUGUGAAUACUUCUUCACUUUCGGAGCCUGAUGUCUCUCCAGCUGUAACUGCAGAUUCUAGUGACAAGGAAGAUACUCCUAAUCUUCUUCGACAGAUAAAAGAGAGAUUCUUUGGGGUCAAUCUUGUAGAUGUUCUCAACCGGGACCCUGUUAAAAGCCACAACUUAAAUCAACUUUUAAAGAAAGUAGAUUUGCUUCAAGUUUCCCCAGAAGUCUCAGAGAUGAUUGUUCUGCUAGGCUCUCUACUUGAACAACUCCAAGCUAACAUUCUUCGAAAGCAAAAUGUCGAGAAAGAAUUAUCUGAGACAGUGGCCUCUCAUGACUCUUCAUGGAAUUCUGCUGUGGAAGCCACAAAACAAGGUGAGGCCCUCAGGCUCAAAUAUUCAGAAAAUCAGAAGACCGUCGAUGAUUAUGAGAAGAAAAUCAACUCUUGGAAGCAAGAAAUCAAAGCACUCAAGGGCAAGAUAAAGGAGGCUGAAAGUAGUCAAGCAGCCCUCAAAAAAUCUAAUCAACAAGAUUUGCUCGAAGUGGUGCAGUCAGGAAUCAAACAUUUCGAGACUGCACAGAAGUUAGUGCCAGAGAUCGAAAAGUUGAAGAAACAAAGGGCACUAAUUGAACUUCGAAUGUCCUCAUGGGAAACUCAAUACCUGAAGAUCAAAAAGGAUCUCCCUGAGGAAUUUAGCUAAAUGUCUUCAAUCUUGUUUCAUUUGUUGGAUUUUUUAUUUUGUAAUCGAGACAUUUCUAUCCAUAAUAUUUGCCAGCAUUAAUUUAACAAAUCUUUCAAUUUUCUGCCAAAUAUAUCUUUAGAUUUCCUACAGUGCUUUUAUUAAAUGCAAUAUGUAGAACCUGAACAUCCUUCGCAGCACUCUUGCCUCUAGACUUGACGUUUCCACUUCCUCUAGCCAUAAUCAUUAUUAAAAGUGACGUAAUUUUCUCCAAAACGCCGGUUUUAAGACGUGCGUGCAUCAGUUUAAUGAUUACUUCUCAACUUCCAAUGGCGGGAAACGGCGGAGGCCAUAACUUCUCAUUUUGAAAAACGAACCGCAGUCUAAUCACUCAUUAAAAAUGUAAAACCAACCUUCAGUAUUCUCUUUCUAUAUAAAGGGUCCAAUAUCACCCUCAUUUCUUUAUUCAAAUGCUUCUUCUUCCAAACCAAAACACAGAGAAAAGAAAAAACACAACUCUUUCCUCUCAAACACCAUUUUUCCUUGAAAUGGCUGGAAUUCUCUCCUUUAACGAUCUCAAAGCUCUCAUCAAGGGUGAGUUCAGACUUAAUGAGGAUGAACUUGUUCGUCAUUUCAUUAAUAUUGAAACCCUCUUUGCUAAUCAGGAACUGAACUUCUACUUUGAGGAAGUCCUGGAGGGUGCCAUCUACCCUAAUAUGGUGGCAGAGUUUUGGAUGAAUGCGUCUUUACGCAUAGACCCUGAAGGUAGAGCCACCAUUGAUUCAUCCAUUCGACAUGCUCACCUUAGCAUUACCCCCACCACUAUUGCCAAUCUCAUAAGAUGCAAUAACUCCGGAGCAACUUUUGAUGAUAAUGUUUUCAGCAUGACUACUCAUAUCAUGUUGAGAACACUCAUGGACAGUGAUCGCUUUAGCGCAAAAACCAUCAGGAUCUGGCACCAAAUGCUCGUAGGCAACUUUCAACCUCGGGUGAUCGAUGAGAAUAACAUCAUGGUUGAAGAUCUGGAGUUUAUUCUCUGUGGUCUUCGGGGAAGAAAGAUCAACAUACCCUUGAUGAUCUUCAAGGGGCUUGUCAAAGCUGUUUCUACCGGUGUUGAUCGUCGAGAAAGUGUAACUUGUCUUCCAUACGGGAGGCUCCUUAGUUACAUUUUUCUCAAGAAAGGCGUAGUGAGAAGAAUGCGUGAUUCUGGAGCUAGGGACAUGUUCGAAGCUGAACCUGUUCCUGUGCUAUCUUUGGAAGGUUUAGACGCCAGAAUUAACUAGCGAGUCUAGGUUUAAUCUUUUUAUAUGUCUAUGCCUUCCUUUCUUUUUGUAAUCUCAGAUCCUAUUUUUGGAUAUUUUUGUAAUGAAUGUAUUUCCAUGCUUGCAAUGAAAAGAAUAUUUUGGUGUUUUCCUUGAUUUUUCUUUCCA